AUGUCGAUUGAAGCUAUUCUUAUUGUGAAUAAAUCUGGUGGUCUGAUAUACCACAGAGACUUCAACAACAAGACGAGCGCGACGCAUUUGAACGGUAACGAUUAUUUGAUCCUGGCCAGUACCGUCCACAGUGUCUUUGCCAUUGCGAGCCAGGUUACCCCGAAGGCUCUGAAACUCUCACCACCGAAAAUAGACUUCACGAUACCGUACCAUCCUUACGUUGGUGUCCCGAACCCGAACAGCAGCAACACCUCUAAUAGAAGAACCGUUUCUAGCCAGAAGUUGGGCAGUUUUAAAGGUCCAGACUUUUUCAACGGGCCAUUCACCAGUUGGAAUAAGAGUGGGAUAAGACAGUUGAUCACGGACCACUUCACAAUGUACAUCUACCAGUCGCUGACGGGCCUCAAAUUUGUUGCCCUUGGUAGUAGCGUCGCGGUACUGGGUAAGAACGCCGCCGUUAGCAACGAAGUCGCCGACAAUUUCCUACGCAAAGUUUACUGUGUCUACUCCGAAUACGUCAUGAAGGAUCCGUUUUACUCACUGGAGAUGCCGAUAAAGUCCAAAACGUUUGACCAAAGUGUCAAGUCGCUGGUGGAUAAUCUGUUGUGA